AUGAAAAAGAAGAACUUCAACCUAGACUUUGAGCUGUCGGCUCGCCAGUGCGCCGACUCGCUGGCGUUCACCAACUUGCUGCGGGAUCGGCUGGACCCGGCGCUGUGGCUCUGUGUGCCGGCUGCGCCGGCUGACCGGCUGGUGCGCGGAUGUGCCGGUGCGUGUUUCGCGUCGUUGUCGGAGCAGCUGGGCGAGCGCGACUGGUUCCUGGGCGCCGCGCCGAGCUCGCUGGACGCGCGUGUUUUCGGCUACCUGGCGCCGCUGCUGCGCUCGCCGCUCCCCAGUCACCGCCUGCAGACGCUGCUCAAGGCGCACCCCAACCUCGUCAGCUUCGUGACACGCGUCCAACAGCGGCUCUUCGCCGAACAGUAUGCAGAGUACGAGCGGCAACAGCGCCACAGCGGCGUCGGUCGGCCGGCCCCCGGCGCCGCCGCCGACCCGGCCGCCGAGCACGACACAGAGUUCCCCAACAAGCGGCGUAACCAGCUGUUGGUUGGCCUGGUGGCUGCCGGUGCCAUGCUCGCCUUCGCCCUGGCCAACGGCUUAGUGAAGAUCGAGAACAUGGAGCCGGACGAGUACGACCUGGGGGAGCUGGACGCCGAUUAGCCGCUGCCCGGGCGAUCGCCGAGUCCAUGACGUCACAAGCCCCGGCGACGCCGCUGUCUCCGCGUCCGCUGCUUCCGGAAGGUGCCAUGCUGGCGGUGCGCCGACCCGACCGCCUCCUCAUGUCCAGUACGGGCCAGUGCGGCCAUGUCAGCUGCGUUCGUUCCGUCAUAUUUUACUGCGUUGUUUGGCUGGGUUCGCAGCAUGUGGAUUUGGAUUACGCGAUUGGGAUUGGGCUUUAGAACUGUGAGCACGUUGGUCAUAGUGCUUUUACGGCUGUGUAUGUUGGUAUUUGGUGCAUACAGUGUAACUUGUGGUUUGCCACACGGAUUGCCGAGGAGUCUGUUAAAGAACGUUUGCUUCUAGGAUAUUCAGCCGAAUAAAGCUUGCUCUUCAACAGACUCACACCAGCAAAUAGCAAAUGCUGCCAUGUUUGCCGGUACCAUAAUUCGAUUGUUCAGCAUGAGUAUGCGAGUAAUAUGAGGCAUGUAAUAUGUAUACGUGUGUCUGUCCACACAUAUACAUGGCAACUCAUGAGAUGUUGUGGUAAUAGGUGGGCUGAUGGUGAACAGUUUUGUCGGGCUGAAAAGAUGAAAGAUGCAUAGUUUCAAGACCCCAUCGCUGCUCUUAAAAA